GUUGAAACCAACAACAUCAAUAGAUCAUGACGCCAAUGCUACCUGAGCAAGAAAGACCAGAAUAUGACACGCUCCGCGAAUGUCUAUCGACUGCAUUGAUUCAGCAAUCUACGGCAACGUCAUCUACACCAUCAACAACGACUACAUCGACAAAAGUCUCAUCGGUGUCGUCAUCAGGUGACAAGAAUGCUGUUGGCAGUAACGCUGCGUCCUCCAGACGUCGACCGGGUCGCAAGACGGCAGCGACUGAACAAAGAGCCCGGGUAGAGCAGAAAAACGAAGAAAAAGAGCAGCAGAGCAGACCGGAAAAUGCAAAGCACAGCGAAGAUGAUGAUGCGUCUGCGGAAGAAUUAGCUGAUUUUAUCGACUACAUUGCCACAGAGAUAUUCUCCUCCUUACCUCUUUCUCUCCAAACCCUAUCCUCUUCCUCCCCAUCCUCUCUUCGUCCAACGUCCCUCUCUUCCACCAACUACGACAUUUCCGACUCCCUAACCCACGACGACGAAAACAUCAGUAACGAGGACCUCGACAGCGACAACGAUGCCAAAGCAGACGCCCUCAUCGGCGCCAUUCCGGGGCUACUAUCCACUUUACCUCCCUCGAUCAGCGAAUCCCUCACCGCAUACGGAUACACCACCUCCUCUUCGUCCCUUUACACACCUCCAUCGAAACGAAAAUCUCGCCCAUCUAAGUCUUCAUCACCACCGUCUUCAUUGUCGUUAUCGUCGGCGUCGCCACACAUACCCCUCCCAACAGCAACAGCGUUUCUUACGGCUUUAUAUACAGACUACAUCCGGGCUUUACUUCCCUCUCCUUCCCCUCCUCCCACUUUAUCCAAACGGUAUCGUAAAGCAGGUGGCGGCGGUGGCGGAGAGGAUGAAGAUGGCUAUGCGGCGUUGCAGCAAAAACGGCAAAAACCGACGCACUGCGAGUUAUGCGAUAGAGAUUGGGUCCCGCUGACAGAACACCAUCUUGUGCCGCGCUCCGUGCAGCAGAAGGCGCUCAAGCGCGGAUGGCAUGCUGCGGUUGUUACUGGUUCAACGCCAAACAGGAGAGGAGAGGAUGGAGGGAGUGAGUCUCGGUAUUGGACUCAGAAUGGGAAAGGCCUAGGAGGAGACGGCAGUAGCCAGUCUCGGAAUUGGACUCGGAAUGAAAAAGACGAUGAGGAUGAAGACGAGGACGAAGAGGACGAGGAGUACUACAACAUGACGGAAGCCGAAAGGGUCCAUUCGACGUGCUAUAUCUGUCGCGCGUGCCAUAGUUUUGUGCACAAGGUGGCGACAAACGAGGAGCUGGGAAAGUCGUGGUAUACGGUGCGGUUACUUCUCGACAGGGAAGAUGUGCAGCGCUGGGUGGGCUGGGUUGGGCGCGUGCGGUGGAAGAAGACGUGAGCUGAUGAGAAUUACUUUUUCGUCAUCAUCAUCAUUUUUUCAGUGUAUACUUAUGCCAAGUACGUAGAAUAUCGGGGCAGGAUAGAUGGAUGGAGGGAUUGUUCAAAGUGAAGUCAAAAAUGGAAUGCACUUGACAGUGAAAGUGAUGACGAGAUGUUCAAAUCUUGGACUUGGAAAAUGGAUAGAAAAUGAUCGUAAAAUAGAAUGAUCAGAGGAAAAUUUCUAGCGGCGGUUCAUGACAGAUUUAAAAAAAAAAUAUCAAGGUAAUAGACAAUGUCUGCAGAGCG